GUUUUUAAAUUUCAAUGUCUGUCACCCCAGACAACAUAGAGAUAAAACUGUUUAAUCAGCUCCUGUUUGUUUUCAGAGAGGUGUUGCUGGAUUGCUAUGGGCGUCCACGCAGACGUGAGUGAACUGCUGUCACACUGCAGUCCAACAGAGGGCAAAGUGCAAGCAGAGCUGUCACAGUAUACUUUAUCAAGCUCUUCCUUCCUCCUCCCACCUACUCUCAAGUCUCCACCUCGUCUCUUUUUUAAUACCAUUCACUCAGACAUCUUGCAGUGUUGUGCUGUGAAUAUAACACAUUGUUUGUUGCAGCAAAGAGGCCAAUGUAACUAAAAGCUGUCAUGGAAGAACUACGACAAAUUGAUCUGACAUACAUCACAGAGUGCAUCAUCAGCAUCAUCUGCCCUUCUACGUGUCCAGAGGAUCUCUACCUGCAGAAUCUGAGGAAGAUUAUCCCUAUGCUAGAGUCUAAGCAUGGGCACAACUAUAUGCUCAUUAACCUUUCCCAGAAGCAUGACAUUCUUACAAAAACGACCCACAAGAUUUUCAACACAGGUUGGCUGGAUCUCUUAGCUCCCAGUUUGGAUCAAAUCUUUAAUGUGUGCACAGCAAUGGAGAACUGGCUACAAGGUUAUCCAAAACACGUCCUGGUGUUACACUGCAGGGGAGAUAUGGGAAAGCUUGGAGUUCUCUUGGCAUCAUACAUCCACUUCAGCAACAUGUCUGCCAGUGCAGACCUCUCUCUGGACCACUUUGCCAUGAGGAAAUUCUACAACGACAAGCUAUCUGCUCUGAUGAUCCCCUCACAGAAACGGUAUGUUUGGAUGGUGGGCAGCAUGUUGAAAGGAGGACUGAGGAUGAACCCAUCUCCGUCUUUUCUGCUCUGUGUAGUUCUUUAUGGUCUUCCCAAAACAAGACCAGAUGAAGGAUGCUACCUUUUCCUUAGAGUCUACCAAAGUCUGCAAGCAGUUUGCACAUCUCCAGUCUAUCACGUUAAUGCUGCUCAGACGGAUCGGCUGUACAUUGUGCUUCAGCCAGCUCAACUCCUCAAAGGGGACAUCAUGGUGGUGUGUUAUGAAAAAAACCUUCAAUCAGAGAGUCGCCAAGUCGUUUUCCGCCUCCAGUUUCACAUGGGCCUGGUGUUCGGACACUCCCUCUCUUUCUGCAAGGCGGACCUUGACUGUGCUGCUGAAGAUUCCCGUUUCCCAGAUGAUGGAAAAGUGGAGCUGCUGUUCUCAGAAAGCCCAGAAAAGAUCGCAGGUAGAGAGCAGUGGUUGAAUGGGCGCUGUGUGACGGUGGACUAUGACACGAUGGAGCCAUUAGUCAGACGAGAUUCUUUCCAGGACUCGCCUCACCAUGAAAGAAGCCCUCCCCAUGUGUCUGAAUCUGGAAAUAGAGAUUUAUACUCCAAAGUGAGGAAGAAGAGCACUGAGGAAGGAGCUCUGUACCCUCUGCCGCCUAUCAGCCCGAGCUGCAGCGACAGAGCGCCGUCAGCCAGCAGUGACUCGGGCCUCUCCGUUGCCUCACAGGGGCGGACCGGAGUCGGACAAAGAAGAGGAGCCACGCAGGACACCUGUAGCCAGGCUGAGAAGCUGAGUUUUGGGGCUGAGUCAGACCCAAUCCAGGCUCUUCUGGAGGUCAUGACUGAACUGGGUUCUUCUGGUGCUGGUGAUGGAAAGGUGACUGGAGAUGAGUCCGGACUGGGAGCCACCAUCAAUGGCGACGUUUCAUCAAGCGAGAGGGAGACGGAUAUUCUUGAUGACGAGGACGAAGGUUCUCCUUCACAGGCUCCAGACUCGAGCAGCGUUUUCUCACUUCCUUCUGAAAAAGUACCUGCAACUCAGAGACAAGCCCAAACAGAGUACUCCACUCACUCCUGGGUUCGACAGCAGCAGAUGGUGGAUCCCAUCCCUGAGCAGGGAGCCAGCUGGUCGAAGAAAGAGAGACCAGCACCUCUGGAGCUUCCUGAUACACCAACACGAGGAUUAAGCAGCAGGGAAGCAGUGAAGAGAGGCUUGUUAGACCAGGACAACAGACAGCCUGAAAAUACAACUUCAUCCUGUCAAGAAGAUGAACUGGCCUCCUUAAAUACAGACAUCGACGAGUCCAUUGAGCAGCUGAACAAGCUGAUUCUGGACUUAGACCCCACUUUUGUUCCGGUUCCCACUAGAUGUUCUCCUCUGUCCCGCUCGGCCUCUCUGCACACCAACGGCCUAAGCCACAAAGGACAAACCCAUCAGUCAGGGUGGAAACAGCAGAAACAUGUCAGCGAUGUGAUGGACUAUGGUGGCCCUCAGAGUCCAGGAUGGAAAAGAGGCGGAGCUCAGAGCUUUAAAGGCUCCCCAGCCAACAGCCCCUCCUUCUCAAGCUCCCAGCAUGGUCAUCUCUACAAAACUAACAGUGUGGAUUACCGCGGACAAGUGGACAACUCUGACUUCAUCCCAGCGACUCCGGCAUUCCCAUUGUCUCCUCCAACGCCCUAUGAACCCAGAAGUUUCCUGGAUGGCAUGAACCACUCUGGUGGUUCCGCAGACGGAGAUCUGUUCCGAUCGGAUGUGCCCGUCACACAGAGGAUCUUUGGCUCCAUGAGCUCAGUGUCAACUAGCAGCCCCCUCCAACACACAGACAGCUCCACUCCACCUCCUGUGUGGCACAACCGGACACCAAACUCCUUGAACUCGCCCCAUCCUCCCCAGUCUACACCCCCGCUACUUCUCAGCUCCCCUAAUGCUCACAGUUCCCCACGGGGCGCUCAGAGGGGCCGGGGAGGGAGCUCGGGGGACCGCAGUGGAACCGACAGCACAGACUUGUCCUCAUUGUUGUUAUUGGGAAACGGCGGCCUGGAGCACAGCCUGCUAGAAGCUGUGGAGGGACUCGGGAAUCUGAAUCUUGGGGGAGAUGCAGGGAUCGCUCCCCUACUGCCGGAGAAGAGAAGAACAGGUGAGGUGGGAGAGCUGGGCUCACGAUCCCCCUCUCUGAGCGGGUUCUCCAGCCCGCGCAGCGGCAGCAGCCUCAGUAUCCCCCUGUCGUCGUCCCUGACCUCAGAUCCGUUCAGAGGACUCAGUGGGGCCUCGUCACCCGGAGCAGACUCUGGCAGUAAGCAGGACACUGUGAAGUUUGUUCAGGACACGUCCAAGUUCUGGUACAAGCCCGACAUUUCCAGAGACCAAGCCAUCGCGGUGCUGAAGGACAAAGAGCCCGGUUCCUUCAUCGUCAGAGACAGCCAUUCAUUUCGCGGGGCGUACGGACUGGCCAUGAAGGUGGCCACGCCUCCUCCGUCAGUGGUACACCACAGUAAAAAAGUGGGAGAUCUGUCCAGCGAGCUGGUGAGGCACUUCCUGAUUGAGUGUACACCCAAAGGAGUUCGUCUUAAAGGCUGCCCCAAUGAGCCGUACUUUGGAAGCCUCACUGCUCUGGUGUGUCAGCACUCCAUCACCCCUCUGGCUCUGCCCUGUAAACUCAUCCUGCCUGAUAGAGAUCCUUUAGAGGAGCUGAACGACGCGCCGACACAGACGGCAACAAACUCAGCAGCUGAACUUCUCAAACAGGGUGCAGCGUGCAACGUGUGGUUCCUGGGUUCUGUGGAGCUGGAGUCUCUGACGGGUCAACAAGCGGUCCAGAAGGCGACCACACUGACCCUCUCCAUGGACCCUCCACCUCCCUCCACCGUGGUCCACUUCAAAGUGUCGGCGCAGGGAAUAACGCUCACAGACAACCAGAGGAAGCUGUUCUUCAGGAGACACUACACUGUGAACACAGUUAUAUUCUGUUCUCUGGACCCACAGGGAAGGAAGUGGACCAGAGACAGCGUCUCCACAGCCAAGAUUUUUGGAUUUGUUGCCAGAAAAUCUCAAAGUGAAACUGAAAAUGUAUGCCAUCUAUUUGCUGAGCAUGACCCUGAGCAGCCGGCAAGUGCCAUUGUCAACUUUGUCUCAAAAGUCAUGAUUGGAUCUCACAAAAAGUGAAAAAGUGAUGGGACAAGGAGAUGAUCUGCUGCAUAAAGAGAACCUGGGGCAAGGAUCAAAUCCCUGUUGUUGAGUCGUUUCACAAUUAUGGCUGAGUUGAAAAGCCAAAAAAAACUUUUAUCCCCGACACUUCACGCUGGAUUCUGUUGGUUCUUUCUGCAAAAUGAUUAGUGCCUGCACUGCAAUAUGCGUCCAGAGGAGGGAGCCAAGACUCUGAUAUCGUUGUUCUUACAUUGUUGGAUAGACGCUUUGCAAAGUGAAGUGUUGACGUGCCUUCCAGCUUUGAAAAAACACUGAAUAUGAAAGUAUAGGCAAGAUUUUCCAGACUUUUAAACUAUUUUAUAAUUUAAAGGAAUAAAAAAUAUAUUUCUUAAAACUAACUUACUAAAAUUAUAUUAGUUUUUACAUUAAUUUACAUUAAAGUGGGGUGUUGUCAUCAAGUUGUCACUUUUUGCCUCAUCUUAUUCAUCAGAUCCUCGGUUUUACAUUUUUUGUAUGUUUUUUCUACAAUUUCA